AGAAGAAUGGAAACAGAAAACUGCUCUUUAUUACCUGACUUUUUUCUCCUGGGAAUUUCCAGUAACCCUGACAUGAAAGGGGUUUUAUUUGUUGUGUUUCUUGUUGUUUAUCUUAUUAUUCUGCUGUUAAAUAUUGGAAUGAUCAUUUUGAUCAGAUUGGAUUCCCAGCUUCAUACACCAAUGUACUUCUUCCUCAGCCACCUUGCCUUCUCUGACUUAUCCUAUUCCACCGCAGUGGGACCAAAGAUGCUGCUGGACCUUCUCACAGAGAAUAAUCCAAUCUCCUUUGUAGCAUGCUUCCUGCAAUUCUUAUUAGUAUGUAUCUUUAUAGAUAUUGAGUGCAUGCUUCUGGCAGUGAUGGCCUUUGAUAGGUACAAAGCCGUCAGCAACCCUCUGAUGUAUGCUGUGGACAUGUCCAGUAGAGUUUGUUACCAGUUCUUAACUGGAAUUUAUCUGUUGGGGACUAUAGAUGGCUUGAUACAUACUUCAUUGGCAUUCAGCUUAUGUUUCUGUGGCUCUACAUAUAUUAAUCAAUUCUUCUGUGAUUUUCCUGCUGUUUUAUUGCUUUCCUGUUCUGAUACACAGGUCAAUGAAUUGGUAUUGUUCACCCUUUUUGGUUUCAUUGAACUGAGCACCAUCUCAGGGGUACUUAUCUCCUACUGCUACAUUAUCUCCUCAGUUUUAAAGAUCAGCUCUGCUGGGGGUCGUUCCAAGGCUUUCUCUACCUGUGCCUCUCACCUGACUGCAGUUGGGAUUUUCCAGGGGACCAUGCUCUUCAUGUAUUUUAGACCUAGUUCAGCCUACUCUCUAGACCAAGACAAAAUGACAUCAGUCUUUUACCUCCUCAUUAUUCCCAUGAUAAACCCUCUGAUUUACAGCUUGAGGAACAAGGAUGUGAAAGAAGCCCUGGUAAGGCUGAGAAAUAAAAUGUGGUUCUGA